AUUAAUUGGGCUUCAGCUUUGUGGUUUAUUGAUUGGGCCAGCCCAUUAUCUUUGGAUAUGGUUCUGAAGAACGAGUGGCUGUCUUCUUCUUCGAAUCGGGAGAUUGAAUUGAAGAAUGACGCGAGCUCUGAAAAUGGUUUCUCCAUCUCCAUUUUGCACUCAUGGCGUCCGUGCUGUCGCUCUGUAAUGCUUCACUCUUGCACCGCUGCACAAAUUCGGCUUCGAGAAUCGGCGGCAAUUGCAAAUUCAGAGCAUCUCUACUGAACGAGAAUUCGCCGAUGGCUGCUACGGCGGAGAAGGUAGUGCCCGCCGUUAUCGUCGGCGGCGGUCGAGUAGGGAAAGCUCUUCAGGACAUGGGCGGCGGGAGCGACGUCCUGGUGAAGAGAGGGGAAUCUGUGCCGCUCGAUUUCCCUGGACCUAUUUUGGUUUGUACUCGUAAUGAUGAUCUGGAUGCCGUGCUUGAUUCCACUCCUAAGUCUCGAUGGAGCGAUCUGGUGUUUUUCCAGAAUGGAAUGCUGGAGCCCUGGUUUCAAAGUAAAGGCCUAGGCGAUGCCGAUCAAGUUCUUGCCUAUUUUGCAGUGGCCAAGCUUGGCGAGCCACCUAUUGAUGGGAUUACCGACACUAAUCCCGAGGGCUUGACGGCUGUUUAUGGUAAAUGGGCAUCAGCUGUUGCUGGGAGACUGCAUGCCGGUGGCCUGUCUUGCAAGGUACUCGAGAAGGAAGCAUUUGAGAAGCAAAUGCUCGAGAAACUCAUAUGGAUAUGUGCUUUCAUGCUCGUUGGAGCGCGCCAUCCAGGAGCAACUGUGGGUGCUGUCGAGAAGGAAUAUCGAUCUGAGGUAUCUGCCAUUAUAGCGGAGCUUGCAGGAGCUGCAGCUGCAGAAAAAGGUCUGGUUUUCGAACAAGGUAUUGAGGACAGACUCUGCGCAUAUUCCCGAGCCGUUGCUCACUUCCCAACCGCAGUUAAGGAGUUCAAGUGGAGAAACGGGUGGUUCUAUUCGCUGUCGGAGAAGGCUGUGGGUGAGGGCAAACAAGAUCCUUGUCCUUUACACACAGCAUGGCUCAAAGAACUCAAGGUUGUCUAAAAUAUACUUAUUAUAUAUAGUAUGUCAAUCUGUGAUUGUAUGCAUGUAUUGUGGCGUGUAUUGGAGGAUGAUAACGAUGAAUGAGUGUUCUUUUGUGAAUUUUAUUAUAUAUUUUUAUUAUUCA